UGUUAGGCUUAAAUUAACUGUGAGUGGUGAAACCAAUAGUGAUAGGUUGUGUGAGAACUGUCCGAAGUUAAGAGUUUAACUAAUGUAACUUAACUUAAACAUCAAAAAUGUCUUUAACGGUAGAUAAAGAUGCUUUUUAUCGAAGAAUGAGGAGGAUAUAUUCUGCUUGGCGGAAUGCUGGCGAGAAAGACAAUGGAUUUUCAAAGAUGGAUGCCCUUGUGUCAGCAGUUGGAGUUGAUGAAGAUGUUGUUUACAGUAAAUCUACAGCUCUCCAGACAUGGCUCUUUGGUUAUGAGCUGACUGAUACCAUAAUGGUCCUCUGUGAGAGUGCAAUUUACUUCCUGGCCAGUAAGAAAAAAGUGGAAUUUUUAAAGCAAAUAGAAUCUGGCAAAGAAAAUGAAAGUGACGUCCCACCCAUCACUCUGUUGACACGAGACAAGGCAGACAAAGACAAAGCUAAUUUUGAUAAACUCGUUGAUGCCGUCAAGAAGAGUGGAAAGGGUUCUGUGAUAGGAGAGUUUACCAAAGACAAGUUUCCUGGAGAAUUUCUGGAAUCCUGGAGAGCUGCAUUGGCAGUAGCCAAGUUUGACUCUAUUGAUGUUAGCUCGGCUAUUGCCUAUAUUAUGGCUCCCAAGGAAGAGUCCGAGUUAACCACUAUCAAGAAAGCCUGCCAAGUAACAGUUGAUGUCUAUACCAAAUACUUAAGGGACCAGCUGAUGGAGAUUAUUGAUGCAGACAAGAAAGUUAAACAUUCCAAGUUAGCUGAAGGAGUAGAGCAAUCUAUAAGUGACAAGAAAUAUGUUACAGGAGUGGACUUAACUCAAGUAGACCUGUGUUAUCCUGCUAUUAUCCAGUCAGGUGGCAACUACAAUCUUAAGUUUAGUGUUGUCAGUGACAAAAACACACUCCAUUUUGGAGCCAUUACCUGUGCCCUUGGUGCCCGUUACAAGUCAUACUGUUCCAACAUAGUGAGAACCUUACUGGUCAACCCUACCCAAGAACAACAGGAUAUGUACAACUUUGCAGUAACUGUUGAAGAAGAGAUCCUCAAUAAACUUCAGCAUGGAGUCCCUUUGUGUGAUGUUUACAAUCAUGCAAGGGAUUUUGUUGAAAAGAAACACAAGAAUCUUGUAGAUAAAAUGACAAAAAACUUUGGGUUUGGUAUGGGUAUUGAAUUCAGGGAAAGUUCUUUAGUGAUUACAUCAAAAACCACUGCAGUUGCAAAAAAAGGAAUGGUGUUCAGUGUGACCAUUGGGUUUUCUGGACUAGAAAAUAAAGGAACUAGUGAUGCUCAGUUUAAAACAUAUGCCGUCUUUGUGGGUGAUACAGUUGUUGUGAAUGAGGGCCAGCCUGCAACACUGUUAACUAACAGCAAGAAGAAACUGAAAAAUAUAGCUAUCUUUUUGAAAGAUGAUGAGGAAGAGGAGGAAGAAGAACAGACAACCAUCAAUGACAAUGACAAGAUUUUAGGUAGAUCAAGAAGAAAUGCUGUCUUGGACUCAAAACUCAGGACUGAGCAAUCUGCAGAGGAAAAGAGAAAACACCACCAGAAGGAAUUAGCUGACAUAUUAAAUGAAAAGGCUAGAGCCCGAUUAGCAGAACAACAAGGAGUUCAUAAAGAAGAAAAAUUAAAAAAAUCUAACAUAUCGUACAAGUCAGUAGGACAGAUACCUAAAGAACCAGAAAUUAAGGAGCUUAAAAUCUUUGUUGAUAAGAAGUAUGAAACAAUUAUUCUACCAAUUUAUGGUGUACCAGUACCAUUCCACAUCUCCACAGUAAAGAACAUCAGCCAGUCAGUAGAGGGAGACUAUACCUACCUUCGUGUGAACUUCUUUCAUCCUGGUUCAGCUCUUGGAAGGAAUGAAGGAAAUGUUUUUCCCAAUCCAGAUGCCACAUUUCUUAAAGAAAUCACCUAUCGCAGUACAAAUGUCAAGGAACCAGGUGAGAUCUCAGCCCCUUCAUCAAAUCUUAAUACAGCUUUUAGACUUAUCAAAGAAGUACAGAAGAAAUUCAAGACGAGAGAAGCAGAAGAAAGAGAGAAAGAAGGAAUUGUCAAACAAGACACACUCAUACUGAGUUCUACCAAAGGAAACCCAAAGUUAAAAGAUUUGUACAUGAGACCCAAUAUUUACUCUAAGAGGAUAUCGGGGACACUUGAAGCACAUGUUAAUGGUUUUCGGUUUACCUCUAUACGUGGAGACAAGGUAGACAUAUUGUACAACAACAUCAAACAUGCCUUUUUUCAACCUUGUGAUGGGGAAAUGAUAAUUCUUCUUCAUUUUACACUCAAAAAUGCUAUUAUGUUUGGAAAGAAAAGAAAUAAUGAUGUUCAGUUUUACACUGAAGUGGGAGAGAUCACUACAGAUUUGGGGAAACAUCAGCACAUGCAUGAUAGAGAUGACUUGGCAGCAGAACAGGCAGAACGUGAACUUAGACAAAAACUGAAGACUGCAUUUAAAACAUUUUGUGAAAAAGUAGAACAAGUGAACAAACAAGAACUUGAAUUUGACACACCAUUCCGGGAACUUGGGUUCCAUGGCGUUCCUUAUAGAAGUACAGUUUUAUUACAACCUACAUCAGGUUGUUUGGUCAACCUUACAGAUUGGCCUCCAUUUGUUAUUACUCUGGAGGAGGUAGAACUUGUCCAUUUUGAGAGAGUACAGUUCCAUCUUAAGAACUUUGACAUGGUGUUUGUCUUUAAGGACUACAAUAGAAAAAUAGUUAUGGUGAAUGCUAUCCCUAUGAAUAUGCUUGACCACGUAAAAGAAUGGUUGAAUUCUUGUGACAUCCGCUACACAGAAGGUGUCCAAAGUUUGAACUGGGUCAAGAUCAUGAAAACAAUAACAGAUGAUCCUGAGGGAUUUUUUGACAAUGGAGGGUGGUCAUUUCUUGACCCUGAUAGCGACGAAGAUGGAGAGGAUGAUGAUGAUGAUGAAGAAGAAGAUGAGCAGUACCAACCUAGUGGGUCAGAUAAUGAAGAAAGUGAAAGUAGUUUCAGUGGCUCUGAUUUUUCUGAAGAUUAUUCAGAUUCUGUUGAUGAUGAUGAUGAUGGUGGAAGUAGUGAGGAAAGUGGUAAAGAUUGGUCAGAGUUAGAGGAAGAGGCAGCAAGGGCGGAUAGAGAAAAAUUUGAGGAAGAGAAUGAUCAUGUUAGUAAAAAGUCUGGAAAGAGCAAAAAACCUCCUGGGCGGAAUAGAACACCAGAAAAAGUGAAAUCUAAAGGUUCUUCAAAAACACCAGUAAAAAAUGGUGUUAACAAAAAACGACAGAGAGAACGUUCCACAGAAUCACCAAAAAAAAGAAACCUAAGAAAUAAGCAUGUGUAAAGAAUCUGUGUUCCCGAAAUUUUCAUUGAAAUAUUGUAGAGAAAGUGUAGCAGUCAUUUAGAGUUACCAGUAAUGCACAAAAGAAUGGAAGUUACAAGAUGUACCAUAGCACUGUACAAAAUAUGAAUUUUUCUGUUUAUUAUUCAUUUUGAUAAAUCUGCCAGGAAUUGAUUAACAGGGGACUUAUGAAAAUUUUUAUAUCUCAUUUCUUAACUAAUGGGUUUUUAAAGGUAACUGUGUAUGAAAGCAGAAUGUCUGGUAUCCACAAAACAGAGUAUUCAAUACUCAGAAAUUAAAUCUUGGGGGGGGGGAAGGGGAGACAUUUUAAUAUUUUAUCAAUUUGCCAGUAGAAAAUUAAUAAUCCGUUAGUUUUCAGUGUCGAGACUGAAGAUGUAAGACCAGGGAAGACAAACUGUGGUACCGUGGGCUUCAGUGUGUACAUUAUAUUCAGUUUCAUUUUGAUUGUGUAUUUCCGUUACCACCUAUCUUGUAUGGUUAUUUAGUGAAUAAAUUUUUUUACACUCUAA